CAUGGGGAAGCCCGGUGCAAUCAGUUCUGCUGAGUCCCUGGGAUCAAUCAGUUCAUCAAAAUGCAUUUCUGGACAAGUUCCUUGGUUCUGCUGCUAGUGAAUGCAAUAUGUUCAAAAGCAGCACACAAACUACCAGAACCUGGUCAAUGUGGUACUAUGGUCACAGACCGGAUUUACGGCGGAAACAUCACGGACAUCGAUAGUUAUCCCUGGACUGUUAUCUUGGUUUUUCGAGAAUCUGGACAUGAAUCGGAUUUAUUCCAUUGCGGCGGGUGCUUGAUUUCGGAUCGAUACGUCCUUACUGCUGCACACUGUCUCGAUGGGCUAACAGAGGACUACCGAGUAGAUCGCAUACGGCUGGGCGAGUGGGAUCUAGCAAGUGAUCAAGAUUGCAACUCUGAAUCCAUUUGCACUGAUCCACCGAUUGAUGUUGGAAUUGAAAGCAUGGUUAGUCACGAGGGAUUCAACAAACUAACGUUAAUCAACGAUGUGGCGUUAAUUAAGUUGAACCAGAGCGUGAAUUUCACGGAUUUUAUAUCACCCGUUUGUCUGCCAUUUUCGGAAACGGCAAAAGCCUUGGACACCGAUAAUACUACAUUCAUUGCUGUUGGUUGGGGAAAUACGGAGCAUAGAAAUGGAACAUAUGAAUACGGAAGUCGUUUCAAAUUGUUCGUUCCUUUGAAAGGUGUUGACAAUGUCAUUUGCGAUGGAACCUACGAUGAAGACAUAAUUGCUUCGCAGCUAUGUGCCGGAGCGGAAGGGGGCAAGGAUACCUGUCAGGGUGAUUCAGGCGGCGGUUUAGUAGCCUCUGUCGAUGGUGUUUAUUACGAGUAUGGCAUUGUCAGCUGGGGAUAUGGCUGCGGACGACAAGGUGUACCCGGAGUAUACACUCGGGUAACGAGUUUUUUGGAUUGGAUUACCAGUCAUUUAACAUAAAACUUUGUUUUUGGUUGAUUAUUCCGUAGUUUUGUCAUUUCAUUGGCACAUAUCCAUGCACAGAUAAUAAAUAUAUUCAAUAUAGUGUGAUAUGAAAAUAUUUUGUGAUCAAAAAUGACAGUAACAAUCGUGCGUUUCUAAAACUAAAAGAUAUAGAAAUAAAACACAGAGCUCGGAGAAUCGUUUUAUUUAUGCAUAAGUAUGAUGAGGCUACAAAAUAAUACGAGAUGGUGAUAUUCUUAUUCAUCAGUUUGCGAAAGCUACAUAAACUUUAUGUAAAUUACAUUUGUGUUUAAAACAAA